UAUUUUCCAAUAAAACUUUUCGUGAAAAGUUAGCUAUAUGGAUUGCUGUUGAUGAUCAACCAUUUACAAUAAUUAAAUGUCCUGAAUUUCAAGAUUUAUUAAAUUUUUGUAAUUCAGAAAUAUGUAUGCUAACAGCUGAUACAAUUAAAA